UUUUUUUUUCUUUUUUUUUUACUCUUCAUUGAUUUUUUGUUUCUUUUUUCUAUCAUGAGUAGUGACGUGCAUGGAAGAAAACGUGAAAAGACAUCAGCUGAUAUCAUCAAAGCAAAAAGGGAAAAGGACGCCAGCAAGAUUGUACAAUACAAUGAUACCGUAAAAGAAUGCAAUGAUAGAGUACAAGCUGGUCUUUUCGAUAGAGAAACAUUAAACCUUACAACACAAAUACUUCAAACUAAUCCUGAUUACUAUACUAUUUGGAAUAUUCGACGUCAAGUUUUGUUAAAAGGUAUAUUGCUUCCUUUGACAACCGAACCAACAGAAGCAACAAAGGUGUCAACUAUCUCCUCCUCUGACGUGGAAGCAAAUCAAAAAGUGUAUUUACAAGAACUGGACUUAUUUAUGCAACUAAUCCGUAUCAACCCAAAAUCAUAUUGGAUGUGGAAUCAUCGUCGUUGGUGUUUGGAAACAAUGCCUCAACCGAGUUGGAAAGGGGAAUUGAAAUUAGUUGACAAGAUGCUUACCAUGGAUGGACGAAACUUUCAUGGAUGGAAUUAUCGACAAUAUGUAGUAAGUCAGUUGCGAAAACUGGCUUCAUCAAAGGAAGAAGAUUAUCGUAUUGUAGAACAAGAAUAUGAAUUCACCACACAGAAAAUCCAUCAAUCCUUUAGCAAUUACUCUGCUUGGCAUCAGCGUUCGAAACUUUUACCAGAAAUCGUUGCCAAAAUGACUAUGGAAGAAAGGAAUCAAGUAGCUCGUAAUGAAUUGGAAAUGGUCAACGAUGCAAUUUUUACUGAACCGGAUGAUCAAUCAGCAUGGCUUUAUUAUUGGUGGUUAAUAGGCAAAGCACCUUCUCCUGUUGCCGUUAUUGGUGCUUUUCGUAUGCAAGACUCGAACUCUGUGAUGAUUGGAUUCAAUGAUGCGGUUGGUUUCUCUUCUUCUUUUCCCAAGGUGAUGACAAUCAAUGGUACUUCAUUAGAGGGGAGCUGGUAUGCUGUCGAUACAACAACAGGAACAUCAACCUCGACAAAUGUAGCACUUCGACUUGGAAGCGACAAAGGAUCUGCAUGGCUUUUUAUCCCAGAUAAACAGUAUCAGCAACAAAAGGAUGAACCAAUCACCAUUGAAAUUGACUCCAAUACUGUUCACCCUAUCAGUAAUGCAAUGACUGUGGAAUCAGAUACUAUUUGGUCAAAAGAAAUCAAAGUAUUGACUUCUUGUGUGACAGAAAAGAUUUCACAGACAAUGGAAAAGGUUCGUCCACCAAAAUUGAUACAUUUAUACAAGGACUCUAUCACUGAAGAUUCAAAUGCUUGGUAUUCAUUGGACCCUAUCACCAUUCUCAAGGAUCAGAUUGCUAUGGUACGAGAAUUGCGUGAUAUUGAACCGGAUAGUAAAUGGACUCUUCAUACUUUGGUUCAUUUCUUGCAGCAACUUAAAUUACGAUUGAUUCAUCAUCAUCAACAACAGCAACAACAAGUAGAUAAGGAUGAACUAUUGGCAUUGGACAAUGAAUCUAUUGACAUUCUGGAAAAGUUGAUCAAGUUGGAUACAUACCGAAAAGAACGCUAUAUCGAAGCUAAGAACCGGAUCUUAUCUACACGUCAACUGGACACAUUAUGCAAUAAAAACGAUCGGGCAUUACUGCUAUAUCUUUUACAGUUGGAUGAAAACUGAAACAUCGUGGAUGGAUUGUAGUAUAUAAUUAUUUUUAGAUAGUUUAUGUCAGGUGUUUGUUAUUAUGGUCGUUUUUUUUUUUUUUUUUAC